UCCUCCAGAGGUCAAAUUCUCCCCCUCCUGCCCCUCGACGCGCCCUUUUGUCCUUUCUCUCUCUCCUCCGCUUUCCUCAUUGCUGCCUCCAUCCAUUUUCACCUUCGAAAAGCCUCACCGGGUUUUACAUUGUUCUUUCUUCCUGAGCCAGAGGCAGGCACAGGACACAAAGUCGUCCUCUAUACUCCCCCUCCCCCGCAUUCACAUUUUUUGCGCUCGACCCCUCCCCCGCCUCAAGAUGGUCCAGUCAUCUGUCUUGGGAUUCCCACGUAUGGGAGUCCUUCGGGACCUCAAGAAGGCCAAUGAGGCCUAUUGGGCCGACAAGAUCUCCCAGGCUGAUCUCCUCGCCGAGGGCAAGAGGCUGCGUCUCGCCCACUGGAAGAUCCAGAAGGAUGCUGGCGUUGACAUUAUCCCCUCCAACGACUUUGCUUUCUACGACCAUGUUCUCGACCACAUCCAGCUCUUCAAUGCUGUCCCCGAACGGUACAGGUCGCAGAAGCUGUCGCCACUCGAUGAGUACUUUGCCAUGGGCCGUGGUCAUCAAAAGGGCGGUGUAGAUGUCCCUGCCCUUGAGAUGGUCAAGUGGUUCGACUCCAACUACCACUAUGUCAAGCCCACCCUGCAGGAUAACCAGACCUUUUCCCUUGCUGCCGAUCCCAAGCCCGUACGGGAAUUCCUCGAGGCCAAGGAGGCUGGCUUCCAAACCAGGCCUGUGCUGCUCGGCCCCGUGUCCUUCCUUGCUCUCGGCAAGGCUGACCGUGGCUCUACCGUCGACCCCAUCACUCUCCUUGACAAGCUCGUGCCUGUCUAUGUCGAGCUCCUGAAGGCGCUCAAGGCUGCCGGUGCUGAGAGUGUACAAAUUGACGAGCCUGUUCUCGUCUUUGAUCUCCGGCCCGAGGUCAAGAACGCUUUCAAGCCUGCCUACGAGACCAUCGGCAACCUGGGCGAUGCUGCCCCGGCCAUCGUAAUCGCCACGUACUUCGGCGACAUUGUCCACAACUUUGACGUCCUCCCUGCUUUUGCCAAUGUCCGCGGCCUCCAUGUCGACCUUGUCCGCAACCCGGAGCAGCUUGAGCCUGUCAUCAAGCAGCUCGGCCCCAAGCAGAUCCUCUCUGCCGGUGUCGUUGACGGCCGAAACAUCUGGAAGAACAACUUCCAGAAAUCUUUGGGACUGCUGCAGACCGCCAUCAAGGCUCUUGGUGAGGACCGCGUCAUUGUCGCCACCUCCAGCUCUCUCCUUCACACUCCGCAUACCCUGGCCAGCGAGAAGAAGCUUCCGGCCGAUGUUUACGAGUGGUUCUCCUUCGCCUGCGAGAAGGUCAAGGAAGUUGCCAUCCUCGCCAAGGCCGUGACUGACCCCGAGGCUGUCCGCGCUGAGCUCGACGCCAACGCUGCCGCCAUGAAGGCGCGUGCUGAAUCCACCCGCACCAACAACCCCCAGGUCAAGGAGCGCCAGGCCCAGGUCACCCCCGAGAUGCACAACCGCAAGUCUCCUUUCGAUGUCCGGUAUGCUCAGCAAAAGACUCACCUUAACCUUCCUCUGUUCCCUACUACCACCAUCGGAUCCUUCCCUCAGACCAGUGAAAUCCGUGUCCAGCGGAACAAGUUCACCAAGGGUGAGAUCACGGAGCAGGAGUAUGACGAGUUUAUCAAGAAGGAGAUCGACCUUGCUAUCCAAAUCCAGGAUGAGCUCGGCCUUGACGUCUAUGUUCACGGCGAGCCGGAGCGUAACGACAUGGUCCAAUACUUCGGUGAGCGCCUUGAUGGCUACGUCUUCACUACGCACGCCUGGGUCCAGUCGUACGGCUCCCGUUGCGUGCGUCCCCCCAUCAUUGUCGGCGACAUUUCCCGCCCGGCUCCCAUGACUGUCAAGGAGUCCAAGUAUGCUGCGUCGGUCUCCAAGAAGCCCAUGAAGGGCAUGCUCACUGGCCCCGUAACCUGCCUUCGGUGGUCUUUCCCUCGUGACGACGUUCAUCAGUCUGUUCAGUGCCAGCAGCUUGCUCUGGCUCUUCGUGACGAGGUGAUCGACCUCGAGAAGAAUGGCAUCUUUGUCAUUCAGGUGGAUGAGCCCGCCCUGCGUGAGGGUCUUCCUCUCAGGAAGGGGCCGGAGCGCGACGCCUACCUGCAAUGGGCUGUGAACAGCUUCAAGCUGGCCACCGCCGGCGUUGUUGACUCGACCCAAAUCCACUCUCACUUCUGCUACUCGGAGUUCCAGGACUUCUUCUACGCCAUCGCCGCGUUGGACGCCGAUGUCCUCUCCAUCGAGAACUCCAAGUCGGAUGCUAAGCUUCUCAAGGUUUUCAUUGACGAGGCCUAUCCUCGCCACAUUGGCCCUGGCGUCUAUGAUAUCCACAGCCCUCGUGUUCCUCCCGAGGCUGAAAUGAAGCAGCGCAUCCAGGAGAUGCUGGCCUAUCUCCGCCCUGAGCAGCUCUGGAUCAACCCCGACUGUGGUCUGAAGACCCGCAAGUGGGACGAGGUCAAGGGCGCCCUGACAAACAUGGUCAACGCUGCCAAGUACUUCCGCGAGCAGUACACCAAGGCUUAAAUGCCUAAUCUAAUAGCUCGCGAGAGGCAUCAUCAGUGAUGGGUGCCGUAUGCUUUUCCGGAUUUUUUUCAACAGCAUCAGCAUUUUGGGGUUCUCUGGCUGGUUAUGAAAAAAUGUGUAACGAUAGAUG